AUGGCCCGCGACAACGACGCCAAACAGCAACAGCAGCGUCAACAGCAACAGCCAGAACAACCCUCAUCCACAACAACAAACCCCAACAAAACCAUCUCAAUCUCACCAAGGACAUUCUUCUCAGAAGACUGUUCGCAGACCACCACCACCACCACCACCACUACCAACAAUGACAACAACCCCUACGACACCGCCUCCGACCCCUACACCACAGGCCUCCCUCCCGAACCCUUCCGCAACAACCACGGCGCAUCAAUCCUCGGCCCACGCAACCGCGACCGCGAACGACAAGAUCCAGACAUGAUCCGGCCGCCGGCGACAGACGCAGGCCACAUACCGAACAUGAAGUGGAGUUUUGCGGAUUCGAGGAUGAGGAUUGAGGUGGGCCCCUCCCUUUUCUCAAAAUUUAGUAGGGUGGAAGAGGGAAAAAGGCAGGUGUUGAUGUUUGAUUUUGCGGAAUGGGCCUACGUCCUCUCAGGCACCACACGCAUCACCUGCAUCGACGCCGAAGGACGGCAUUUCGCCGACGACGUGUCCCAGGGCGGCCUGUGGUAUUUCCCUCGUGGCGUGCCACAUAGUCUGCAGGGUGUGGGUAAGGGGGGCACGGAGUUUCUGCUCAUUUUUGAUGAUGGAAACUUCAGUGAGGAUGAGACGUUUCUCUUGUCGGAUUGGUUGGCACACACCCCCCAGUCCGUCAUUGCGAAGAAUUUCCGCCUCCCUCCAGCACUCUUCGACAAUCUUCCCCCAAAAGAGAAAUACAUCUUCCAAGGCAGCAUCCCGUCGUCCGACCCCCAGACGGAGCAACCCUCCGACGAGAUAAAGCGCUCCCCCCGCCGCUUCACGCACAACAUGCUAGCCCAGAAACCCCUCUCAGCGAGCGGCGGACACGUCCGGAUCACAGACAGCAGCAACUUCCCCAUCUCUUCGACCGUGGCAGCCGCACACGUCAUCAUCGACCCUGGCGCCCUCCGCGAAAUGCACUGGCACCCAGCAGCCGACGAAUGGGCGUUCUUCAUCCGGGGCCGAGCACGCAUCACCAUCUUCGCGGCCAGCGGGACAUCGCGCACCUUCGACUAUGUUGCGGGGGACGUGGGCGUCGUGCCCAAGGGUAUGGCGCACUACGUCGAGAAUCUUAGUCGUGACGAGCCUGUGGAGUUUCUGGAGAUUUUCCGUGCGAGCAAGUUCGAGGAGUUUAGUCUUGAGCAAUGGCUUGCUGAGACGCCGAGGAGGUUGGUCAAAGAGCAUCUUUUUGCGGGGGAUGAGCGUAAGGGAAGCAUGUUUGUGGAGAGUUUGUCGAGUGUUAAGGAUCCUGUUAAGGCGGCGCCUAGGAGGGUGAAGUUGUAG